AUGCCCUCGAUCCUCAGCGAUGCCGAUAAGGAGACUGUCAAGCGACAGGUCCCUAAACCCGCCAACAAGAUCCUUGCUGUAGCUGUCGCGCGACUCUACGUUGCCCACCCCGACCCCCAAAGAUGGACAUACACGGGUGUGCAGGGCGCAGCUGUGCUUUGCAAUGAUCUCGUCGGACGCACCUUCUGGCUGAAAAUCGUCGACGUCUCGCCCGCUGGAAAGGGUGUGAUCUGGGACCAGGAGAUCUACGAUAACUUUUCUUACAACCAGGACCGUACUUUCUUCCACACCUUCGAGCUCGAGGACUGUCCAGCCGGCCUAUCGUUCGCCGACGAGAAAGAAGCGAAGACGUUCAUCAAGAAGGUGCAGGAGCGUGAGAAGCAUGCCAGCAAGGAAACCGUUAAGACUCCCUUCGCUUCCUCUCGAGGCCAAGGACCUGCACCGAUCUCCAAUAGCAAAGGCCCCGGGCGGUCCAUUUUUGGCAGCUUAUUGCACCGUUCGAGUGCUGCCCCAAGUGCCACCCCGCCUUCAGCUCCCGCGCCAUCAAUACCAGUUGGACCUUCUCCCUCGUUAGCUCCGAGCGCGCCGCCAGCCAAGGGAGAUCUGCCCUUUGACAUCAAUGAUCCGACACAGAAAGGCCUGUUGGACGAGCUCUUGCAGAUGGGUAUCACUGAAGAUCAAAUCGCCGAUAACUCCGACUUCAUCAAGUCCUGGAUUGCCCAGAAACAGACCGCAAGUGGCGAGUCUCAUGCAGCUGCAGACCAGAACAAGCCACGGGCGCCUCCGCCACCACCUCCUGCUGCUCCGGCCCCCAAGGCGAGCAAUAUCAGUCCUCAGGGCACAGGGACUAGCUCGGCAAGCCGACGUGGACCUCCUCCGCCUCCCCCGACACGCAAAGGUCGAACCGAGACUGCAGAGGAAUCUGCUUCGCCUCCGCCUGGGGAACCGUCCCCACCACCGGCCCCAACCCGAGUUUUCCGUGCGCCUCCUCCAAUCGCAGAUGCUGGAAAGUUUGCUGAACCGGCCGGACCUGCACCUCCGCGGCGGCCACGAGCAAUAUCAAAUGUUACCCCGGGUCCCCCUCCACCCCCACGGCCCCCGAAGACGCCGAUGGAUGAUAGUACAAGCCCGCCUCUCAGUCGAUUUGGAGUGCCUCCACCUUUCACCGGCGAUCGCAAGGUCUCCGCUCCACCCGCACCCCCAAGUCGUAGCCCCGUUCCUGGUGGCCCUCCACCGCCGCCUCCCCGCACAGCGAGCCCAGCAGCACCGCCGCAGCUCCCUCCUAAAGUUCUCAAUACGGGCGUGCCCUCCGGUCUUCCACCCCCACCACCAGCUCGGGCUCCCAUUACUCCGCCCCCUCCGCCAGCACCUCGCCCUGUGCCAUCUACCCCGGCUGCAGCUCCUCCUGCUCCUCCUCCACCACCUCCAAGAGGACCUGUCUCUCCUACAACAGCUUCGCUCCAAGCUUUGGUGCACCUGGAGGACCGCCCCCUCCCCCACCCCCUGGUCGUUCUGGGCCUGCAGUUCCGCCUCCUCCUCCUCCACCACCUCCUGGCGCAGGUUCCGGCGUACCUCCGCCUCCACCUCCUCCACCUGGUGCAGGCCCUGGCGUACCUCCGCCGCCACCCCCGCCUGGUGGUUCUUCCGGAGGACCUCCUCCCCCCUCCUGCUCCCUCGGGUGGAGCGCCUCCUCCAUUGCCUAAGAACACCGGUGGACGAGAUGAUCUGCUAGCAGCGAUUCGUGGCUCUGGUGGCGCAGGCGGAGGAGUUUUGAAAAAGGUCAAAGACACCGAAAAGAAAGACCGAAGUGGAGCAAUGGUGCCGGGAAGUGCUGCUGAGUCGUCUGCAGCGGCGACUAGCUCUGGCGGGGCCCAACAGGGUGGGUUAGCUGGUGCCUUGCAGGAUGCAUUGAGCAAGCGAAAGCAGCGGGUCAGCGGUAGUGAUGACGAGAAGGAGGAUGAUGACGAUUGGUGA